UCCCCUCUUCAUUUCAAAAUCCUUUCCCACAAUUUUUUAAUUUUUUUUUCUCUAUUUUUACUUUAUUUUUUAAAUUUUUUUUUCUGCCUUUUUUUUUGCUGCUGGGCAACCGUUAUGUAUGUGUGUGCUUUUUUAAGAUUUUUUCUCCUCUCAAUUUUUUCUUGUUUAUUUUUCUCUUGAUAAGUCAGAAAAAAAUAUUUUUUUUUUCUGGACCAUCUGUUGACAUUUUUCGAUAUAAAAUUAAGAAAAAAAUAUUUUUGCGGACAAUGGAGUUGUGGGAGAAAAAUUUUUUUAGAAGGGUAAACUUUUAGUUUUGUUUACAAAAUUUAUUUAGAGGGAAUAUUUAAUUCUCUUAAUUCUUUAUUUUUUGCAUAUUUACGCAAAACUUUGGAUUUAUCCGCUCAUUUCUUUUGUUAUUCGUUAAAUAUUUUUUCUGCAAGUUUUAUGUUUGUUCGCUAAUUUUGUCCGCAAAUUUUGCAUUGUCCGCAAAUUUUGUUUUUUGUCCGCAAAUUUUAAUUUUGUCCGCAAGUUUUGUUUUUUGUCCGCAAAUUUUGCAUUGUCCGCAAGUUUUGUUUUUUGUCCGCAAAUUUUAAUUUUGUCCGCAAGUUUUGUUUUUUGUCCGCAAAUUUUGCAUUGUCCGCAAGUUUUGUUUUUUGUCCGCAAAUUUUAAUUUUGUCCGCAAGUUUUGUUUUUUGUCCGCAAAUUUUCAAUUUUUUCUCGUCAAGUUAUAUUUUUUCUCGUUUUUACUGCCUCACUUUUUUUCUUGAAUUAUAAACGCCUUAGUUUAUUAAAUUAAAAUUUGGUUUCUUUUUAAUUUGUUUUAAGCGGAUGUCCAUUAAAAUAAUUUUUUUAUUAUGUUUUCUUAGAAAAAUUUUUUGUGUGUUUUGUUCUGAAAAUAGUCUAUUUUUUCUGCAACAUUUAAAAAAAUAUUUUUCUUUAAAAAAAUUUUUUAUAUCUUUAACACACCCAAAAAGAGAAGAACAAAAAAUUUAUCGAGAACACUUCUUUCAAUAA